AUGAGUGUACUUGGGGCUCGGCUGAAACGACCAAGUAUACUGCAAUUCUACUCAACGCCUUUGGCUCAGUUUGAUAAUAGGCAUCCUACAAGAUACGAGCAUCAAUACUUGGCCUCGCGAAGAGUGCGAAGGCGUACUUGGCCAUUGGCUAUGCCGAGUGUGCCGUGCAGACUACAACAGCGGGGUUGCGUGAGGAGAGUUUGCUGGUGGCUGCAGGAACCGAGUGACGGCGUGCGCCCCAGAAGAAAAAAGAAUCAGGUCCCAACGCACACCACCAGCCUUGCCACUGCCGCAGCCCUUAGAACUACAGCCUCGGUUUUCCCGGCUCAGUCUAUCGGAAAGAAGAAGAAACUCGAGAUGAGGAGUCAGUUACGCAGUUCUAGACCAUGA